AUGACCAUUGAAAUACCACUUUUAUUAUCAACAACUUUUCCUUUUAUAUGGAAAACAGGAAUUGCCCAACUUUCAUUUGCCAAAACAGGAGGAUCCCUUGCUGCUCUUAAAGGGUCCUCAUUAUUACUAAGUAAAGCAGCAUCAAAUGGGAAGGCAGGACUUUUAGCUACAACUUCAUCUCAGCUGGAUAAUAUUAAAGAAGCAGCACAAAAAUUAGUAGAAGAAAUUGAAAAGAAUAUUAACUUAAGUCUCUUAUUUUAUAAUAUAGAUGAUGAGGAAUCUGCUGGAUAUUAUUUAAUGAAAAGAAGAGAAGAAUAUGAACAAAUAAAAAUAUCUUUUAUAUGA